AUGGAAGAAGGAGGCUUUAGUAGCGUUGUGCGGAUUUCGAACGUCAGCGAUUUCAUCGCUCCUUCCCAAGCUUGCAUAUUGCCAUUACGGAAAAAUGAAAAGGAAGAUUCAGCAACGAUUUCAGUAGGGAUUCGAAAAAGGUCGAAUGGGAUAAAUACCUCGAAUAAUAAAAAAAUAACCGUUUCGCUUAAUGAUUGUUUGGCGUGCAGUGGUUGCAUAACAAGUGCGGAAACCGUCCUUGUUCAGGAACAAUCCACAGCAAAGUUAAUAGAUGGUCUGUCACGAUGCAAAUUAGGUGUUGUGACAAUAUCUCCGCAAGCUAUUUGUUCGAUCGCUGUUAAAAGAGGAUUUUCUGUGGCGGAAACAAGCAUUAAACUUGCAAAAGCUUUUAAAAAUCUUGGUGCCACUUAUAUAUUGGAUUCAAGCUUUGGUAGAUAUCUUAGUUUAUCCUUGUCGUUCGAAGAAUUCAAAAAUCAACGCAUGAAAGGAACGAUAUUUUGCUCAGCAUGCCCUGGCUUCGUGUGCUACGCUGAAAAGACCUAUGGAAAUUUACUUAUUCCCCAUUUAAGUCGCGUGCGAUCACCUCAAGCAAUGAUGGGUUCCAUUGUGAAAGAUUAUCUGGCGAAAUUAACAACUACAAAUGUUACUGAUAUCUUUCAUGCUACUGUAAUGCCAUGCUUUGACAAAAAACUCGAAGCUUCAAGACCGGAAUUUAGUGGCAGUGGAAGACAAGUUGAUUGUGUUAUAAGCACAGCUGAGGCUGAUGAUAUUUUGGGCAAUUGUUCAGAAGAAAUUUUCGCAAACCAAGUUGCACCUUCGUCAGGUGGCUGGCUAACUGCUCUAGAAAGAGGGAUCAUAAUUGGUCAGUUUGAAAAUAUAUCGAAUGAUCUGUUCGCUAAUACAUCAGGAGGCUAUGCAGAUUAUAUCAUCGCUCGUUUUUUAAAAGAAUACCAAGGUCCGCUGGAAGUGCGGAAGUCAUCAAAGCAAGCUUUUUUUUCGAUUUGUUUAUUUCAUUUGGCAAAGAAUUUAGAAAUAUUUGAAAUAGCAAAAGGCGAACUUGUUCUGCUAACGGUGGCAAAAUGUUAUGGCUUCCGAAAUAUUCAGAAUAUUGUGCAAAAAAUCAAACGGCAAAAAUGUCCAUUUGAUUAUAUCGAAAUUAUGGCUUGUCCAUCGGGUUGCGCUAAUGGCGGCGGUCAAAUUCGCGCAGAAACAACGGAAGAACGUGAAAAUAUUUUAACCCGAGUUGAAGAAAAAUAUCGGCAGUUGAUACCAAGUGCAGAAAUGGAAUGUGAAAUAGAACGGGUAAAAAAUGAAUGGGCAUCUUUCAAUGAUAGUUUUGAGAAAUUAUUUUAUUCCAGUUAUCAAGUUGUCGAUAAGAGUAUAAUGGAAUCCUUUAAUCUCAGAUGGUAA